AAAUGUACUUUUUGGAUGACUCUAAAAGUAUGUAUUCACUAACAAUAAUAGGAAUCUAGGAAUUGGAAUGGGAUUUCUCACUGUCAGUCUUCUGCUCUUCAUUCUAGGCAUAAUGUUUUUCUUGGACAGAGCACUCAUAGUCAUGGGCAAUUUAUCAUUUUUAAUAGGAUUGUGCUUGCUUAUUGGAAUUAAAAGCACAUUGCAUUUCUUCUUGAAAAAAGGUAAGAAGUUUUAAUAAACAAAGGCAAAUUGAAGGGGAGUAUUUUCUUCUUUUUAGGAUUCUUUGUAACCAUUAUAUUCAAGCUCACCAUCAUUGGAUUUCCAUUAUAAAUUUAUGGUCUGUUUCAAAUGUUCAAAUCAUUUUUACCCUUUCUAUAUGAUAGUGCAACCAAGUUCCCCGUCAUCGGUAGAUAUUUAAGUAUUUAAAUUUAAUAUGAUAAAGGAAAUCCUUAAUUAAAAAAAAUGGUUGAUGAAGUCUCAGCAAAAGGUCCAUCAGUCUGA